GGCGUUUUGAAAUUUUGAAAUUCGAGUUGUUUAUUGGUAACCAAAUUCAAUUGUUUGUACUCUGUAGUAUUGUUUACAGCGAAGUGACAACCUUCUUCGUUCAAAAAAAACGCAAUCAUGGUUACUGUAAUCAACGAUCAGAUCAUCCUAGAAGAAGAAUACGACGAAAAUUAUCAGCCAACAGAAGAAGAAAUUUUUGAGUAUGCUGAGGCAAUUGGAAUUGAUCCUCAAAAAGAAACGCAAUUGCUUUGGAUUGCAAGAGAAGGUAUUGUGGCACCUUUGCCGCAAAACUGGAAACCAUGCCAGGAUCCAAAAAAUGAGAUAUAUUAUUUCAACUUUGCCACGGGGAGCAUAUGGGAUCAUCCAUGUGACGAAUAUUACGAAACAUGGUCGAGGAAGAGCGAAAAAAUUGGAAAUGAGCGGUGGGCAGGUGAAGAAAACAACCGAGAAGAAAGGCUCAAAAAAGAAGAAAGAUAAGAAGCCAAAAUCACUGGAUUUUCCC